CUCUCACACACACACAUACACAUACACACACACACACACAUAGGGGCGGUGAUUUUACCCUCCUUCCACAUCUAUUUUUUUCCUCUGAAGUUUGUUGAACCGUUCUGAGAGUGGAGAUCGGAAUAAUCGGAAUAGUCUAGGAUUACUCUUUACCUUUCCAGGAUAUAAACACAACACACAUAUACACACAACCAACACACACAUACACAGAUUGAGAAGCGGACCGCAUUGAGACUAUCGAGGUGGAGUUGCGCAAAAAUGAAUCGGAGUUUUAAUAAUAAGGCGCAAACUUUGCGCCAUUCGGAUUUGGAUGCGGUGGAAGUCAAAAGCAAAUACGGUGCGGAGUUCCGCAGGUUUUCUGUGAACCGAGUGAAGCCUGGAAAAUUCGAGGAGUUCUUUAAGCUGAUAAUGAACCUCCACCGCAUUGCCAACAUGGAGGUGAUGAUCGGCUACGCUGACGUCCACGGAGACCUGCUGCCCAUUAACAAUGACGACAACUUCUGCAAAGCCGUGUCCACUGCACACCCGCUGCUCCGGAUCUUCAUCCAAAGACAAGAGGAAAUUGACUACAGCACCUUUGGGACCAACACGCUGACCCGAAAGAAAAAGCCCGUCGUGGCCCUGCGCAACGAUCUGAACAGGAAGCGUCCGCACAUCCGCAUCGGCCUUCCUCAGGACUUCCGGCCCGUGUCGUCCAUCAUCGACGUGGACAUCGUGCCCGAGUCACACCGGCGUGUCAGGCUGUACCGUCACGGCUCACACAAACCGCUCGGUUUCUACAUCCGAGAUGGCACCAGCGUACGCGUCACAUCACACGGCCUGGAGAAGGUGCCAGGUAUCUUUAUCUCACGCUUGGUCCCUGGUGGCCUGGCUGAAGGAACCGGUCUGCUUGCCGUCAACGAUGAAGUUCUCGAGGUCAACGGAAUAGAGGUGACGGGCAAGACUCUGGACCAGGUGACCGACAUGAUGAUCGCCAACAGCCACAACUUGAUCGUCACGGUGAAGCCGGCUAAUCAACGUAACAAUGUUGUGCGAGCCAGUCGUGCAUCAGGAAGUUCUGGUCAGUCUUCAGAUAGCAGCAGCAGCUCAGGCAUCAACAGCACACAGUCCCUGCCCUCCUCCAUGCCCGCUGUGAGCUCCAGCUACGCCCACGACGACUUGGACAGCGACGAGGAGUCGGACAUUGUCAUUGAGAACAGCAUCGGUCGCCAGACUCGUCAUUCAAAUGCCUCUCUGGCGUCACUCACAUCCCGGACCACUCAAUUGACCUCCGCCUCGCCUCCCAAACCCCAAAGCCGACCGCUCUCGGUCGUGUCCACGGCUUCCUUCCAUUCGAACGCCAGCCUCAACGGAACAGGCCAUAACAGCCUGAGCUACAGGCUUCACAGAGACCUGAAUCUCCAUCAUACGACUUACAACAAUGCCAGGGAAAGCAACGGCAGCCUGCACAAAAUCCUCAGCAGCCUGAGAACGGACCCUCGGCACAGCCUGUCACUUCCCAGCGGCGGCGUAGAGGAGGACGGCAUGGUCAUCACUCUAUAACACACAAACACACCGAGAGAGGAGUGCUGCGUCAUAUAAUCGCCAUCAGAGACUUCUCAGCCUGGGGCUACAGACUUGACAUGGAACGACUUCACUGCUUUCUUAAAGCCUUUUGUACAAUGUAAUUUAACAUCUUGAAUUUUUACUUGUUCUUAAAUGAUGUGUCUUAUCUUAUCUGUCAGGGUGAUGCAUAGGGAAUAGUCUGGUACAUGUCUCUCUUUUUUUUUUUAUCUUUGUUUUCUCUUUUCUUUUUAGUAGUUUGUCCAGAGCCACUGAUUACAUACUAAUUUACCAUGAAUGUCACUUAGAUCAAGAUUUAUAUUCAUAUAGAAAUAUCAUCUUUUUUCUGCUAAAUGUCUCCUCUAUAAGGUUCAGACCUCUUUAAGGGUUCUGGUUUCGUACAUACCGUAAAGUAUAUAAAACAUUUUCCAUUACUACAAGCAGUCCACUGGAAUUCUGGGAGUAAUAAACAAGUUAUUAUCGCAAGAUGUUUCACCAUUUUAGCGAAGCAUUAAACUACUCUGUUCUGUGGAUUUAUAACUCCUUCAUUCCAGCAGCCUGUGUGUGCUCCAGGUAACAUAAGAGAAUACACUGUAAUUUCAUAAACCACUGUAAUGUCAUGCAUCAGCAAUUUCUUUUUAAACAUUCUCCUUAACGCAUCUUAGGAUGAAACGGCGACGUUUUGCUUUUUCUUACAGUAUGCUCGGAUACGUGCGCUCACAGUCUCUAACUGUAUUAUGAAGUGACCAAAAAAAAAAAAAAACAGUCCUCUAUUUUAACCUCUUUUGUUCCUGAACCCUCAUGUGACAUGGCGUUUAUGUUUUCUGACUAACCGACACACAUUUUUGUCGCUCAGCUCCUAAUGAAUUGUAAAAUCGGGCUCAUGACAUAGCUGUGUAAAGUCUCUGUUGUCCAUUCUCUCAGCUUGUUUAGCUAUCACAUGCAGGUGCUAAAAGGAAAAGUCCUCCCUGAACCAAAGGCAUAUUCAUCAUUAUAAUUAGUCAGUGAUAUUCGCUGGUGUCCAAGAUGAACUUCUUUGAUUGACCUGUUGUUCUGUUGUUCACUCUACCUAAGACAAUGUUGCGGCGGCGCUUUAAUCUUUUACCCUGUCUGGCUUACUUACUUCCUCAUUUCUAAGCUCUGUUUAAACACAUCAGCUUUCAUGCCGAUACCGCCGUCAGGCUCGUCUCAUUGCAUUCUGGGAGUCCAAGGUAGCAUUUGUGCUAACAUUCUUUGUAUUUUUAUGUUGUUUCUCAUUAUAAUGACAUCAUGAAUGUGACAUCGGUGUGAAACCCAACUGCUAAAUUCUCACAGGAUUAAUAAAAACACAGCAUCGACCAACAAAUCCGCACCUGACUUGCUCGUUUUGUUUUCGUUUUUUCAUGGUGGAGUCUUUUAACGUGCACUUUUAUCACCAAUGGAUCUGGGAGCAAUAAUAUCAGUGUUGAGUUUAUUUUCCACCCCUUUAGUUAAAGAACAGUGUGUUCGGGUGUCAUGUGUGUCUCUGGGUUUUUUAGAUGAGUACAUCGAGGCUUUGCUUGUGUUGUCAGCAUGUAUGCACGUAUGUUACCAUUCAUGAUCCUGUGUGCCUUUGAAAAACUUGACUCUGUAUAACUGAACUCCUUCAUCCAGUAGAAAUCCAGCCACUGAAUAUUCCAUAGUUUGUUUCAGGUUCACGUACGUAUCCGUGUCACCAUCUGCUGGUCGUAACUGGAGUUCAUCAUCACACAGGAACCACCUCACAUCUGAGUAAAUGUAUAUUUAUUCUGCAGAAAUUCUGAAAUUUAAACGUUGUCUUGGUGUUUUGUUUUUUUUUUGUUUUCUUUCUCUUUUUUUCAUUUUCUUGUUUGUUUUUUCCCCUCUGUACAACAGUUUUAAGUUUAAAUAAAAAUCUUGAUUUUAUAAUGA